ACGAGUUUGCGACGUGGAGGCGCGCGACGUGCGGGGCCCUCCCUCGGGCUGGGGGUGGGGGAGGCGGUGGUGCGGGCCUUACUGCCGUGGCUGCUGCUCCCCGCACCCUCCCGCGGAUCCAGGGGCCCGCGCGCUGCGUUCCCCGCCUGGCCGCGGAGGCCCCGGGCUCCGGGACCGAGCCGGGCGGGGGCAUGAGCUGGUUCAACGCCUCCCAGCUCUCGAGCUUCGCCAAGCAGGCGCUGUCGCAGGCCCAGAAAUCCAUCGACCGGGUGCUGGACAUCCAGGCCGAGGAGAGCCCCUGGGCCGAGGCCGUCCUCCCCGACCGCGGCGACGGAACAAAUUCCCUUACAAGUGGAGGAUGGGAUACUUCUACCUGGGGAUUAAACUCAAAUAUAGAACCUCAAAGUCAGCCAAUAUCCUCACCAACAGCAAUCACCAAACCAGUUAGGAGGACAGUGGUGGAUGAAUCUGAGAAUUUCUUCAGUGCCUUUCUCUCUCCACCAGAUAUUCAGAGUAUACAGCAGAAUCCAGUGGUGUCUAAACCUCCAACCAAAUCACAGCGACCCAAAGAAGAAGUGAAAAGCACUUUAAAGGAAUCUCUAUGCAGCAAUCAGCCAGAAAUGCUAGUAGAAACUGAGACAGAAGCAAAAGAUUCCUCUGCAUCUGUGCUAGUGGACUUGAAAAACCUUGAUGUUCCCCAGGAAAAUCUAGAAGAAAGUUCUGCACUUGAAACUGAUGCUAAGCAUGAAGAGAAUACAGACAAAGGCACUGAUGAUAAGGUGGCCACUCCAGAUCUCAAAGUACCUGAAGUUGUUGUUAAUGUGAAAUCUAAUGCAGGAAAUGAUGUAUCAGGAAGUGCUCCUGACAGCCCUGCACAAUCUCUUACUGCAGAGACAAAGGACAUAGGUUUGGAAAGUAAGGAACAAAAAAAUGAGGACAGACAAAGCAACACACCUUCACCUCCUAUUAGCGCUUUCUCCUCGGGGACAUCCACAACUAGUGAUAUUGAAGUUUUGGACCAUGAAAGUGUAAUAAGUGAGAGCUCGGUAAGUUCAAGACAAGAGGCUACAGAUUCAAAAUCCAGUCUUCAUCUGAUGCAAACUUCCUUUCAGCUCUUAUCAACAUCUGCCUGUGCUGAGUAUAAUCGUUUAGAUGACUUUCAGAAACUGACUGAGAGUUGCAGCUCCUCUGAUGCUUUUGAAAGAAUUGACUCAUUUAGUGUGCAGUCGUUAGAUAGCCGAAGUGUAAGUGAAAUCAAUUCAGAUGAUGAAUUAUCCGGCAGAGGUUGUGCUUCAGUAUCUCUCACAGUCAGCCCUUUAACACCAAAGACUGAGGUGGUUGACCUCAUGAAAAAUAAAUCUAAAGAAGAAUUGAAUGAGACACUUGUACACGCAGAGGAAACUGAAAUGGAGGAAAGUGGGAGAAGUGCGACCCCUGUUAACUCUGAGCAACCAGAUAUUCUGGUUGCUGCUGUACAAACAGAUGAAGGACAAACUGUCAAAGUGGAGGUUGUGAUGCAGCAUCAAGGUGCUGAAAAGUUGCCUAAAGUGAAUUGUGAAAAGGAAGAGCUUUGCAAGAUGAUUGAUUUGUUGACUGAGAAGCUGGAGAAGAGGGAAACACAAUUAUUAAGUGUUAGUAAAGAGAAGGCAGGCCUGGAAGAAGCUUUCGAUAACCUGAAAGAUGAAAUGUUUAGAGUGAAAGAAGAGAGCAGUAGCAUUUCAUCUCUUAAAGAGGAGUUUACUCAGCGAAUAGCAGAUGCUGAAAAGAAGGUCCAGCUAGCAUGCAAAGAGAGGGAUGCAGCUAAAAAGGAAGUAAAGAAUGUUAAAGAAGAAUUGGCAACUAGACUAAAUUGUAAUGAAACAGCUGAACUAUUGAAGGAGAAGGAUGAACAAAUCAAUGAACUAAUGCAAGAAGGAGAAAAGCUUUCAAAACAGCAGCUACACAAUUCCAACAUCAUUAAGAAGUUAAGAAUGAAGGAGAAGGAAAAUGAAAAUACUAAUACAAAACAGAGCAAAAAGAUUAAGGAGUUAGAAGAGGAGUUGCAGCAUUUAAAACAGGUUCUUGAUGGCAAGGAGGAGGUUGAAAAGCAGCAUCGAGAGAACAUUAAACAACUGAACAGUGUGGUAGAGCGACAAGAGAAGGAUCUCAGCAGACUUCAGGUCGACAUGGAAGAGCUUGAAGAACGGAACCGAAGUGUUCAAGCAGCACUUGAUAGCUCAUACAAGGAACUUGCUGAUCUUCACAAAGCGAAUGCUACAAAGGAUAGUGAAGCACAAGAAGCAGCAUUAAGUCGUGAAAUGAAAGCUAAGGAAGAACUUGGAUUAGCUCUGGAGAAGGCCCAAGACGAGGCCCGCCAGCAGCAAGAAGCUUUAGCAAUUCAGGUGGCAGACUUGAGACUGGCACUUCAACGAGCCGAGCAGCAAGCAGCAAGAAAGGAGGACUAUUUGCGCCAAGAAAUCCAUGAACUACAACAGAGACUCCAAGAAGCAGAGAAUCGGAACCAAGAACUGAGUCAAAGUGUUACAUCUGCUACCAGGCCACUUCUUCGGCAGAUCGAAAAUCUGCAAGCAACACUGGGAGCACAAACCUCCUCCUGGGAAAAGUUAGAGAAGAACCUUUCUGACAGACUUGGUGAAUCUCAAGCCCUUCUGGCAGCAGCAGCUGAGAGAGAACGUGCUGCUACAGAAGAACUUCUUUCCAAUAAAAUCCAAGUGUCUUCCACUGAAUCACAGAAUAGCCUCUUGAGACAGGAAAACAGUCGCCUUCAGGCUCAGCUAGAAGCAGAGAGAGCCAGACUCAAGAAACUGGAAAAUGAAAACAAUAGGUAUGAGGUUGAAUUAGAAAACCUGAAAGAGGAGUAUGUGAAAACUCUUGAUGAAGCAAAGAAAGAAAAGACACUGUUAGCUACUCAGUUAGAAAUGGAGAAAAUGAAAGUUGAACAAGAAAAAAAGAAAGCAAUUUUUGUACAAGAAACAGCAAAGGAAAAGCUGUUGUAUUUUUCAAAGGAGCGUAAGUCAUUUACCUUAUCAGCAAUGGAAACAGUUUCGAGUACUCCAACACUGUCACGCUCAAGCUCUAUAAGUGGAGUUGAUAUGGCAGGGCUUCAGGCAUCCUUCCUCUCUCAGGAUGAUCCUCAUGAUCAUUCAUUUGGGUCAAUGUCUACAAGUGGGAGCAACCUUUAUGAUGCUGUAAGGAUGGGAGCAGGGUCAAGUAUAAUUGAAAACCUGCAGUCGCAGUUAAAACUGAAGGAAGGAGAGAUUUCUCACCUACAGCUGGAAAUUGGAAACCUUGAAAGAACUCGAUCAAUAAUGGCAGAAGAGCUAGUUAAAUUAACAAAUCAAAAUGAUGAAUUUGAAGAAAAGGUGAAGGAGAUACCAAAACUACGUGCACAGCUAAGGGAUUUGGAUCAAAGAUACAAUACUAUUCUUCAGAUGUAUGGCGAGAAAGCAGAAGAGGCCGAAGAACUUCGACUGGAUCUUGAAGAUGUGAAAAAUAUGUACAAGACUCAAAUAGAUGAACUUUUAAAACAAAGACACAACUAAUUCCUGCUGAAACUGUAACUUUCCAACAAUGACUUUAAACUGUAAAGAGUGGUGUUUAUGUAAAUGCAGAAUUCAAAUGCCUUGUAAAAAAAUGUACUAUAAAAAUGGGAUUAUAUUGUAGAGUUCUUAUGUGGGGAAAAAAAUCAUUAUGCUUUAACAGUGUCUAGUACUGUUGGCAGUUAAAUUAUUUGUGCAUUAUUUAAAAUGUGUUUAAAUAAAAUCAUCCUUCUCUUUAUUUAAGUUUAACCAAAAGGUGGACCAUUAUGUACAGACAGUAGCACAGAGAUUAUUUGACUCAUGUAAUAUUACCUAACCGUACAGCACUGGAAGGUGUAAGGAUACUGUAGCAUGAGGCUUUAUUAGAACAGCCCCUGAUAAUUUUCAGAUUACUGUUUUACACACUUUCAUGGGUACAGAUCAGAGUUUGUUGGAUGAUUUUUUUUAAUAUCCUGAACAUUUUUUCUAUAAUUUGAUAGUACAAAUAAUAUUUUUUUUAACAUGACUAUAAAUAGCAGUGACUUGCUGUGUGAAACUAAAGGGGGUAGAUAUUUCAGGCUUAGCUUUUUUUAAGUGAAAAUUUCUGAUUUGUACUUUGGAGAUCUUGAACAUACAAGAAUAACAAUUUCAUGUUCGUAGACAAAAUUUUAUCUUCAUAUAACAUCUUUUAUCUUCGCUCCCCAAAGCAAGGAGAUUGACUCAAUACUUACUCUUGUUCUUUAACCUGCUGCUCCAUCUUGAAUACUCCUUGUGCUGCAUUCCUGAAGCAUAAUGGGGCCAUUUAGAGACAGUUUUGCCUGUAACUCUAAAUGGAACUAACUUCAACUUCAACUGCAAUAAGCAAGACAAUUCUUUUGGUUCUUGUAGUUUUGGGUGCUGCUUUUAACAGUACUAUUUAACAAAAAAAAAAACCCAACAAAAACAGAUAUAUAAAAUUCUCUUGACACAAAAUAAUUGCUGCUGCUCUUCUGAAGUCAUUCUUGGUCUGUCUAUAUACAUUUUUAAAAGUGGAUUCUGAUGUAGUAUUUUUAAGAUCGCCUGCAAUGGUUAGAAAAGAUUUCCCAUUUAGGAAAGGCAUUAGCUAGGAAUCAGAUAACAUCCACAUAGCUUAGUGUACAAAGAGCUACAUUUGGGGUCAUGUGUCAGAGGGAACUUCUGAAUCAGACCCUUGGGAGUGCUGAGAAUUAGCUUGCCUUCUUCCUCUUUGCAUUCCAGACAGCAAAUAGUUGAUUACAUCUCAGAUUUGUAGCAGUGAUGGAUACUUAUAGUGCGAACUAUGCUACAUAUGAAAUUCACUGCUUAUCAUACCACUGCCUGCAAUCUGAGAGAUUUCUCUCUCUUCCUGUUAAGUUACAAAUGCAUUUUAAGUGUCAGAGAAUAGUCCCUAAUGUGUUACAGCUCAGCAUUAGUUGGACUUAAUGGGACAUCGAGACUUGACUGAGGCUUGGUUUACACUAGAAACGUAUUGAUUAUAACUACGUCGCUUAGGGGUGUGGAAAAUGCACACCUCUGAGCAACACAGUUAUACUGACCUACCUCCCUGGGAGGGCUUUUCCCGUUGACAUAGCUACUGCCUCUUGGGGAGGUGGAUUACCUACGCGACGGGAAAGCCCUCCUGUUGGCAUAGGUCGCGUCUUCACUGAAGUUUUACAGUGGUGCAGCUUUUUAAGUGUAGACAGCCCUUAGGAAUCAGCCUCUUCUAGAGAGAUACUUCUGUAGUAGGGCUUUCCUUCUCAGGGUCUGCCUGCAUUAGGUAUUUCUGCAUUGAUGUAGCUACACACGUAUAAAACGACGUUUGCGCUGGUGCAAUUUACACUUUCAAAUGGAUAACACCUCUAGAUUGGAAAUUUGCACUGCAACAAAAAAUCUCCAAUGUUAGCAGCAAGGUUUAGAAUGAAAUAUUCAGAGGAUUCUAAUAAAGCAAUAGAGAAUUGUAAGGACGCUAAAAGUUAUAAAGGCCUGCAUCUGUUACAGUAACUUUUAAACAAUUUAGCUGUUUUGGUAAAAUAAAGGAACUUGUAUUCUUGUGGGUAGUGAAUCCUUAUAGUUUGUUUAUUUCAUCUUGGAAACUAAUAUAGUUCUUAUAUUAAAAGACAAACUAAGAUUUUGCUUUCUUAAAAUGACAUUAAAUUGCUGGUAAAUUCAAAAUAUAGACUAAAAUGUUAUCUAGGCUUAUUUUGCAGAAGGUGAAUCAUCUACAGGUUGGUUAAAUCAUUUUAAAUUCUGAGGUGUAAAUAUUUAAAAAUUGAGCCAUUUGUAAUGGAACCAAUGUUCUAGUAGAGUUCAACUUAGUUUAGGGCAACAAUUAAGAAUUGUUUUCAUAUAGCAGUUUCCCAUUACAAAUGAGACAACACUCAUCUAGUAAAAAGAAUGAAUAAGUAUCUAAAAAUGAAGAUAAACUAAUAGUGAUUUAUUCUUAGUAGACAAGUCAAGGACUACUCCCGAGAGAGACUCAUCUAGCUUGGCAUUUUUAUUUCACAUAUGAUUGCAGGUGCUUUUCUAAGAGAACAUUCCAUGCUUAAAAUAUGAGAGGGUAAUUUUCAGUCAAAAGAGCUGAUAUAGCAUCUGCUCUAUUCACUAAUAACUGCAAGUAUUUUUCAGAUGUUCUUUUCAGUAUUGAAGAGCUUGAAUAAAUGGGAAAAAGUAGUGUUCGCUCUACACUCACUGUUUCUUCAUUGGUUUUAGCUAUAAAGUGAUAUGUCACGUACUUCGGGCCCAGAAUUUAAGUUUUACAAAACUCGACAGAGAUUUUAUAAAUACUUAGAAUUCAGUGAAAAGAUGGCUUUUUGCUUGGAUUCAGCCAUUCUCCUGCAGUGAAACCAUUUACUUAUAAUAGUGCAGUAAAAUCAGAAAAUGAAACAGUCUAAUAUACUUUAAUCAUCAAAGCCUUGUGAAACAAAAAAAGUAAAUAACAUACAUGGUGAAAAGAAAAAUUUUCACCGCUACAUUUUAAAAAUUCUUUGUUUUAAUCAUCUUGCGUGAAACAUUGAUACAGUUGUUUCUUUAAAACAUUUUAAUAUGCCAGUGUCCCUUAGAUGCAAUGCUGUUGUUGAGAUUGUCUGUCUAAGAGAAAUAUUUUUUGGGGAAAGGGAAUUAUAAAAAGAUUUUGGAAAGGUCUUACUUCUAUUCAAAUUAAUAGAUCAAAAUAUUACCCAAAGAAUAACUAUUUUGUCUGUAUCUGUUAGUCUCCAGUAAUAAAUACUAUGAGUGUGAAGAAUUACCAUUUCAAGACUUGCUCAAAGUAAAAUUUUCAGAUGGGGCCUGUUCUGUAGCCCACUGAAGACAAUGGAAAGACUCCUAUUGGCUUCAGAUUAGCCCCAUGGUUGUAUAACAGGGAGAAAUUAAGGUUUAGUCCAACACUCAUUUACUUUAAUGAGCAUUGCACUGCAUCCUUAAUAAACAACCAGAGUAGAUGUUCCAAAUGCUAUCUACCUGUAUGUGUGUAAUAAUUUUUAUUUUCACUACAGAAAAGUUAAUUUGUCCUGUUAUGAGACUGUUUUUGUUAUGGUUAUGUAUGUUUUGUAAAGGGCUACAACUAUCUUGAAUAUAAGACAGAAAAUGGAUUAAUAUACUAUGAAAAUUGAAUAUUUGAAUUCUGAUUGUAAAAUAAUGUAAAUAACCUGUAUAAAAAAGGGGCUGGGUAAAAUAAAAAUUGAAGCUAA